UGAUAAUAAAUUUGUUAAAAGAUGUAUUAAAUUAAAAAAAAGAAAAGAAAAACAAAUGGAAAAAUGUUACUUAGAAAUGCCAAUAUUAAAUUAGACUCACAUGGGAAAGUAAGCAGUAAAAUGAUUUUGAUUUUUUUUUUUAAAUAGCAAAUUUUAACACUCAUAAGAUAUAAGAAAAAUCAACCAUUGGCGUUGAGGUCAAAAUUGAUAUUUUUGAGAAAGAUGUAAUAUUACCAAAAUUAAUGGAAAAAAAAUUGUCCCUUCCACAUAAUCACGACAAAAACAGCCGCUCCCUUUUUCUUCGAUCUUUUUCUCCGGCGCGGCGGAGGUACCCAGUUAGUGGAUACGAAUGUCUUUACUGUAUCAGAUAUCUGUUGGAGAAAUUUGUGGUUGUUCCCAAAAUCUCAUCACCAGUUAGAGAUUUCAGUGCCAAUUCGAAUGUUGCUCGUAGUAACUGGUUGAUCACACAGCUUGGUAAAGAAGGAAAAAUUGGAGAAGCACGUCAGGUGUUUGAAGAAAUGCCUGAUCGAGAUGUGGUCUCAUGGACUGCUGUGAUUACUGGGUAUAUUAAAUGUGGAAUGAUUGAGGAAGCCAAGACGUUAUUUGAUAGAAAUGAUGCUAUAAAGAAUGUUGUUACUUGGACAGCAUUGGUUAGUGGGUAUGUAAGAUGGAACAGGAUUGAGGAGGCUAGAAGAUUGUUUGAUGCCAUGCCUGUUAAGAAUGUCAUUUCGUGGAACACUAUGAUUGAAGGGUAUGCACGAAAAGGUUGGAUAGAUCAGGCUUUGGAUUUGUUUGAAAAAAUGCCUGAGAGGAAUGUGGUGUCUUGGAAUACUGUUAUUACAGCGUUCAUGCAACGUAGGAGGGUAGAUGAAGCCCAGGAGCUUUUUAAUCGGAUGCCAGAGAGAGAUGUGAUUUCUUGGACCACCAUGGUGGCUGGUUUGUCGAAAAAUGGUAGAAUCGAUGAUGCUCGAUUACUGUUUGAUAAAAUGCCCGUGCGAAAUGUGGUUUCCUGGAAUACAAUGAUUAUUGGGUAUGCUCAGAAUAUGCGACUUGACGAGGCAUUCAAACUGUUUGAGCAAAUGCCAGAGAGGGAACUGUCUUCAUGGAACACUAUGAUUACUGGGUUCAUUCAAAACGGUAAACUAGAAAGGGCAGUGGAUUUUUUCUAUAAAAUGUCCAACAAAAAUGUUGUCACUUGGACGGCAGUGAUUUCUGGACACGUUCAAGAUGGGCGAAGUGAAGAAGCAUUGAAGAUCUUUUCAGAAAUGCAAGCAGCAAACAACGUAAAACCAAAUGAAGGAACUUUUGUCAGUGUGUUGGGUGCUUGUAGUAAAUUAGCUGCUCUUUGUGAGGGACAGCAAAUUCACCAGAUAAUAAGCAAGACGGUUUACCAAGAAGUUGCAGAUGUGGUGUCAGCUUUAAUAAACAUGUAUUCAAAAUGUGGGGAGUUAGAACUGGCUCGCAAAAUAUUUGAUGAUGGAUCAAUAGGCCACAGGGAUGUGGUUUCUUGGAAUGGUAUGAUUGCUGCCUAUGCUCAUCAUGGCCAUGGCCACAAAGCAAUUAGUUUAUUUGAUGAAAUGCAGGCAUUGGGUUUUCGUCCUGAUAAUGUCACCUAUAUUGCAUUGCUUUCUGCUUGUAGUCAUGCUGGUCUUGUGGAUGAGGGGUUGAAAUUAUUUGAAAACCUCGUAAGAGAUAGGUCUAUAAAACUAAGAGAAGAUCAUUUUACAUGUCUGGUUGAUCUUUUUGGUCGAGCUGGACGGCUUCAAGAGGCAUUUGAUUUCAUUAAGGGGCUUGAGGUCAAGCCUUCGGCAUCUGUUUGGGCAGCUCUUCUUGCCGGAUGUAAUGUUCAUGGGCAUAUAGAUCUAGGUAAGUUAACGGCUGAAAAACUUUUAGAAACUGAGCCAGAGAAUGCGGGAACCUAUUUGGUGUUAUCUAACAUAUAUGCUUCAACUGGAAAAUGGAGAGAAGCUGCCGGAGUAAGGAUGAAAAUGAAGGACAAAGGAUUGAAGAAGCAGCCUGGUUGCAGUUGGAUAGAAGUUGGAAACACAGUGCAUGUGUUCGUAGUGGGUGACAAUUCUCAUCGCGAAUUUGAAAAUAUUUAUCUUUUACUUCAUGAUCUACAUACGAAAAUGAAGAAGAUUGGUCAUACAUUGUAUGAAGACUUAACAAUAGAUUUCAAUUUAGUGAUGGCAUGAGCCUGGAACUGGUAGCAAAUUUGCAUGGCCAGCCUUAUAUUCUUCCGUGAUGCUAAAUGUGUUGCAAUUAAACUGGGGAAGAAUAUACGAGAGAAUUAUUUAUUUGCUUUAUGAUCGGCUUACUAAUUCCUUUUGAUGAGGAUGAUCAUGAAACAUUUUCUAUGUGUCGAUGAGACAAGGUGUUGACAGUGGCACUACAGGAAGGGAACUCUGUUGGAUCAUGGUGCCCAUUCGAUUAUGUGUUUCACAAGUUUUUGACAGAAUAUUAACAUCACCGUAAGUGUAAUGUACAUAUUCUUGGCCUUCCAGUUGGCUUUCAAAACUGGGAUGCACCUGUUACACCCGCCCUUUUUUUGUCCUUUCUCAGCUUUGCAGUGAGAACUAGCAGAAAUGGAUGGCUUGUGGUUUCUGAGACCUUCACAAAUAGAGUUCUUUUUAUAAGUUUCUAAGCUACACCCAGAGCCAUAUUCACGGGCAAAUGGCAAAUAGGGAAGCAUACAACUUGUACGGAUGAGAUUGCUUCCACCAUCAACAACUAAGCUAUAUCUCUGUCCUUCGUUACAGAACUCCAGAACCGAAGAACUUCAUGGAUCCAUCUCGUUAUGCUCAAUGUGGUCAACAGAAUCAGAACGUUUGUGGUUGACAAAAUCAGGUCUGUGGUUGAGUGCGGAGCCAUGUUGUGUUGUCCUUCUGUCCAAGUUUGAGCAGUCAAUCUCGCUACUCACUGCCGCGCCAAUGAAGCAUGCCAUCUAGCAUGAGCUUCGCUAAUCAGAGUCACUCCUCCCGUUUUAAACAGCUUCAUGUUUUUCGGAUUUUGACUAUGGUUGGAAGUUGUUAAGUAUGAGUUGGACUCUUAGCGGCUGUAUUUCUUCUUGUUUGGCCUUUGCCCACGAAGUCACCUGCUCCACCAGAACUGGCGACGUUGGCGCUUUUCACAUUGGCUGAUCGGAGGCUUCUUCAAUUUCAUCAAUUCCUAACUCUCUGGUCUGCAUUGGACCUUUGAAUUUUUCCGUUAUGUUUUCAUUUCUGUAAACUACAUAUUUUUACCACGGAAAAGUUGAUCCUCGUAGAAAAUCCCUUCUUUGAUUAAAAAACUUACCCCUAUACCAAGGUUGUAUAUAUUUAGAGAGAGAUGUUUCAAUUUUGUGUGUAAAAAAGUUUUCAGUAUUUUUAGAUAUCUAUAAGAUAUAAAGUUAAUUUUGUAUUUAUCAAAACAA